AUGGAGACCGCGCGCACCCGGACACCAUCGAUCGAGAGGUCUGUUGCACCGAAGUUUUCGCCCUUGAACCAGCACCCUGUUUCUUCUACCGCUGAAUCAGAUAAGGCUCAUCCCAUCUUUCUCGAACACCCCUUCGAAAGACUGUCCCCUACCUUGGCAGCAUAUCCGCGCGUCGUCGAAGCUUUACAAAGGAGACGAAUAUCAGUCUAUCCCGACGUCAGCGAAACGAUGCAGAAAGCGCUAGGUCACCGUGCCGACUUCUUCGACGAUUUCUCUUCGGAAUCGGAAUGGGAGGACAGGAUGAGCAAGACGAUACAGAGUCCGAUUACAAGCGAAGGGCCGGGUCUGAGAGACGUUCCGUACGACAUCCACGGCGACAUUGAGAAUGCGCAGCGCGGAAGGAAUAGACAACGCAGCACCAUCACCUCGCUGCCCAGACUCGCAGAUCUUGCAGAUGUCUCGGGUUCCGGAACUGAUGAUAGCGGAACCGGCGAUGAGCGAGCUUCUGGUCGAGGAACCAAUCACGCACGGAAGAUGUCUCUGACACGUCUGAACAAGGACAAUGUGCGCCUGGUGGACAACAGGUCCAUCAGAUCCAGUAUCGAUUCGCCGAGACUGUCGUUACGCAGCAACAUGUCCUUGCCCAACUCUCCGCUCAUGGCAUCGGUCAAUUCAGCACCGUUCUCUACAUCAGGACCUCUAGAGGAUACACUUACCGCUCUACCGCAAAGUCCGACGUUUCGAAGAGAACACAGAAGAACCGCGUCGUCAAACAGCACCUCCGACAGCGUCCUCGCCGACUCCAUCAUCAACGCCCACGUCAUGACCAUGCGCGCUCUCGAAGCUCUGAGUUCAGACCCGCGGAGUAUAGACCCGAGAGUCAGCGGCGACAUGACAAACGCAGCAGGCCGCACAUAUCUGCACUCCGCCUCCUCAACCUCCUGGCCCAAAUCCACCUCCUUCUCCGCCAACCGACACGUCACCCUCUCCCCCUUGUCAACAGGAGAAGACCAAGACGACAGAGCCAGCCGCCACCGCACCGCACAAAUCUACUCCCCAGCCCUCAAAUCACCCAACCCCUUCUCCUCCGUCCCCAACACCGCAACCACCAACACAGGUCAUGACCUCCUCAUCCCGAAGCCUAGCUAUAUCCCGCAAAAACAGGCUAGUACUAUACUGGAUUCCCAUCUCUCAGCCCUCAACUUCUCGCUUUCGAACCGCACGACGGAGGAUUAUACGAGGUUGAACUCGUGCUGCACGGCUGCGUUUCCGUUUGGAGAUGAGCCGAAGAGCCCGUAUGAUGAUCGGAAAGGGAAAGAGGUUCUGGGGCUUAUGACGGGGAAUGGAAAUGGGGAUGAAGUUGAUAUGAGGGAUAUGAGGAGUCGGAGGGAGAGGAAUGAGAGUGCGCAGGGGGUUGUGAGGGGUAGUGCUGAGGAGAGGGGACGGGGAGGUGGAGGUGAGAGGGGAGGGGUGAGUAUGGAGGAGGGUGGUGUUGUUGUUCUGGUUGGGUUGAGGAGGUGGACGUGGGGUAUGGGGCGGGGGAGGUGUGCGUGUACGUGCGGUAAUGCGGAUGAAGAGCAGGCUGGGUUAUCGGGCAGGGAAGAGAAGGUGGCCAGAGUCGUCAUUCCAACGUUCCCCUCGUCUUGGACGCCGAAACACAGCUAUACCAAGAGCAGCAUCAGCAACUGCAACAGCGAAAAGAGAAUGGAUCACAGCCACAGCUCUAGAAUGAUGAAGAAAGAGCGCUCCGCCGACUUCGACGACGAGGCUUUCGCUUUGGCGCUGAGGGCUGCGAAUCGCGAGUUGGCGGGGAAUUGGUUACGGAGGACGUUUAGCGCGAGGACGCUGAGUGGGAUAUGUGUUGAAAGAAGGAGUACAUGGGAUCACGGCAGCGAAAAAGCCAACGAGGAUCGCGAUGUGCAUCCUGCACUUCGUUCGACUCAGAACAGACAUCCUGCAACACCUUCCUCAGACGACUUACUGGCUUUAUACAAAACCCCCCAAUCCGGACGGAAGAACUACACGUGGAUAUCCUGGGCCCGACGCAAUCCACAACCCCCAACGCUCCACCUCACAUACACGCUCUCCCGCCCCCGCGUUCUCCUCGUCAUGGGCAUCCUCCUGCUCAUCAGCCUUCUCGCAGCCGCAGCAUGGAUUCUAGUCGGUGCCGGGGAAGGGAAAUUGACACGGAAGGAGUUUAGCCAGAGAGUCGGGUGUGGGAUGGCGAUUGCGGGGUUUGUGCUGAGUGUUGAGGCGUGGGGGUUUGGGGCGUGGGUUGCUUUUUCGUAG